CCCACCGCCACCGCCCCAAAACCUAGCUAGUUCGCGCACCGCGCAGCCGCCUCUGCACUCGACAACCGUGCGCCAGCGUAGCUCCCCUGCCCCCACCGCCGGCGUAGCCCCUGACCACCGCAGCUCCUCUGCCGCCGUGCACCCCAAUCCGCCCUCCACUGGACCGCAAGCCGCCGCCGCCCCCAACUAUCCACCACCGGCGGAGGCCCUCCAACCAGCAAACCGCUGCCGCCGUCGACCCCCAUCACGCGUGGCAGACACCCCGCCCCUCCGCCGCCCCCAAGAGCCACUGCAUCCUGCUGCCGUGGUCACCCCACUCCAGAGCGGCACCUCCGGGCACCCCGUCGGCCACCAUCGUCAUCGCCAAGCCACACCACCGGCGGACACCAUCCUCUGUGGAAGGGCUUCGUCGCAGCAACUACGUACUACGCUCGUGCACUUCCUCCCCGAGCAGGCUUCACCAAGCAUCAAGUGACGGGUCCGCCUCCUCCACAAGCCCCCGAAGCAGUAGACCACGUGUUGGCCCUCCUCUCCAGCGAGCAGCUUUGCCUGCUGAACAUCCUUUCCCUGGACAUCGCUGCCUCCUGUACUUCAUUGGACAGGUAUAAUAUGAAGCUAAAGGGGUUUGUUCAUACCAAGAGCCACCCCGAGGGGUCAAUUGCAGAAAGUAAAAUAUCUCUUGGUCAUAAUGAUUGGAGAAAGGUUGAUGUUGAGCAGAAAAAUCAUUUGUGGAAAACCUUAAAGAUGUACUAUGUUGUGGAUGACAAAUUGAAGGAUUGGGUAAUGGGAAGCGCUGCAAAGAAAUGGAGGGAUUUCAAAUCUGAGUUGAAGACUUUGUAUUUUGAUGAGAAGAUGACCGAUGAGGAACUUCAAGUUGUCCCAGAUAACAGAGAUAGCCCAACUGAUUGGAAAGAGCUUGUUGCUUUUUGGAAAACUGAAGCAGGGAAGCGAGCAAGGAAGAAAAAAUCGAAUGGAGAUGGAAUUAUAGCAUACAUCAGGCAGCAAAAGUCAUGCCCAUGUUUCUCACGAAAUGCAUAAGAAGAAUGGAUACCCCCCUCAGAGACAUGAACUGUUUAUAGAAACACACACGUGCAAGAAGACUGGUGCCCCUUCAAGUGUGGCUGCAGCAAAUAUGUUUAAAAAGAUAGAAGAGAAGUCAAAUGAGCGUCCAGAACUUUUAGAAAAAAGCAUCAAGCAAGGUGACCUCUUCUCGCAUGUCGCGGGAAAGGAGAGGAAUGGGUAUGUGAGGUGUAUAGGUCUAGGACCAAGUGCUGCAGGUUUGGGCAUGCCGGGUACUAGAAAGCUAAAAUCCACGAAGCUUCAAAUGGCCGAGGAAGAAGCAAAAGAAGCUCGACAAUCAAAUGCAAUUCUUGUCGAGCGUGUAGAUAAAAUGGAGCAUAAUUUCCAAAUAGUAGUUACAACUCUGAAGGAUGAACUUCAACAAAUGAGGAGACUGUUACAAUCAAAUGUGCAGCAAAAUAUUCAGUUCAAUCCAGACUAUGACUUGUCUCACUCUGGAUAUGGAUAUGUAUAUCGACAUGAAGGUGGAUAUGAAGGUGUAUAUGGAGGUGGCCAUGGAGGUGGAUAUCGACAUGAAGAUGGAUACGAAGGAGGAUAUGGAGGUGGAUAUGGACAGGAAGGAGGGUAUGAACAUGAAGGGGAGUAUGAGCAUGAAGAGAGUGCAGAAUUUGCCACCCGCAGCCAUGAGGUGCGGCAAGAGAAAGAAGCAACCAUUUUGCAUAAGAAGGCUCAAGAAGCACUCUUGCAAAAGAAGUUAACAGCACCCACUCAGAAAAACUUUGUACUUUCUCGUACCGCUCUACAUGAGGUGCUGCAAGAGAAGGAAUCAACCAUUUUGCAAAAGAAGAAGGCAACAGGGCUCACACAAGAAAGUAAGGAUGUGGCACUUCAUCGCUACAAGAUGGCAACAAGCAAGGAAGUUGCAAUCACACAAAAAAACCAGCAGAAAGGAAAGGAUGUGAUCUUGUACAAUGUUUAUCGAGAUCAUAGUAUCCCAGUGGCAAAAGCAACCAUUCUAUCAAUUGAUCGUAGAAAGGUGGUAGGUGGUCAGGAGCUUGGCUCUGAAUAUUGUGAGGUUGCCAUGAACUAUGUAAUAAAAAGGGAUGCUAUAAUACCUCGUGGUGUUGGGAACAUGACCACCAUGGGGCAAGUUCAAGGGCGAUGUAUCGCGUGGCCAUACAAGCAUUUGGAAGUGGACAAGUCUAUGGAAAAAGCAGGAAUGCGACCACAAGCAGGCUAAGGAGGUUUCCCAAAGGUAGACAAGUCGAUGAAGGUUUGGAAGAUUUUCAAACUCAUGAAGAUUUGGAAUACCUACAAUAGUUGGUGGAGUGAUUAUGUAAUAUGCUUGUUUAGUUUGUGAAACCUGGACACUUGCUCCACUCCUUUUGCUAGUUGUUAAGCCACUGUGCUCAUUUUGGUUGUGUGGCACACCCAGAAACAUGUACUUCCCCACUUGCUGCACUAUUUCAUUUUGUUGGUUGUGUGGCACAUUUUAAAACAUAUAUGCACUGUACCUUUUGUGGCACAACCUCCAAAUAUAUAUAUAUAUAUAUAUUAUGGUUGUUAAUUAUGUUCAUCCAAUGAUGUUUUAAGGUUCUGGAUGAGGCCUGAAGUUAUUUUGAAUGAAGUGUAUGGAUGAGACAUAUAUGUGACUUUGAUUGAAAUAUGUAUAAAUUGUACGUGUGAUA